AUGAACGAGAGUGCUCCUAAUGCGAUGUAUUAUGAUGGGCUUCUUAUACACAAACCUACUAUUCGAGAACGAACAUUGUCGCUCGUUCGAACAUUGUGGAACGAAGGCGGCGCCGCAAAUGGCAGAGGUUAUUGUGCUGGCAAGACACCAUUCCAUGUGGCAUGCGAUGAAGGUCGUUUAGAGGUUGUCAAGUCGCUACUGGAGAAGGGUGCUGACAUUGAUGCCAAGAGCAAUGAUGGAAAUACGCCAUUGCACUUUGCAUGCAGGAAAGGUCAUUUGGAGAUAGUCGAGUUGCUACUCCUGGAGAAUGGUGCUGAAGUGAAUGCCAAGAACGAUGAUGGAAACACACCAUUGCACUGCGCAUGCAGUCACGGUCAUUUGGAGAUAGUCGAGUUGCUACUCUUCGAGAAUGGUGCUGACAUUGAUGCCAAGAACUACGAUGAAGAAUUCACAUCAUUGCAUGAGGCAUGCGAUGAAGGUCAUUUGGAGAUAGUCGAGUUGCUACUCAAGAAGGGUGCUGACAUUGAUGCCAAGGACCAUGAUGGAAAGACACCAUUGCACCAUGCAUGCUGGCAGAAGGGUCAUUUAGAGAUAGUCGAGCUGCUACUCGAGAAUGGUGCUGAUAUUAUUAAUAAGCAUACCAAGAACAAUGAUGGAAUUCCACCAUUGUACAAGGCAUGCUGCAAUGGUCACUUAGAGAGCGCCAAGUGUCUACUCGAGAAGGGUGCUGACGUCAAUCUCGAAAACAAUUAUCCAAGCACGCCAUUGCAUAUAGCAUGCUACAAUGGCCAUUUGAAAGUAGUCAAGAUGCUGCUCGAGAAUGGUGGUGACAUUGAUGCCAAGAACUAUUAUGGAAACACACCAUGCCAUGAGGCAUGCUAUGGAGGUCAUUUAGAGAUAGUUAUGUUGCUACUCGAAAAUGGUGCUGACAUUGAUGCCAAGACCAAUUGUGGAUGCACACUAUUGCACUUUGCAUGCUACAAUGGUCAGUUAGAGACGGCCAAGUUGCUACUGGAGAGGGGUGCUGACAUUAAUGCCCAAGACAGUUUUGGAGACACGUCCUUGCACAAUGCAAGGGAUAGAGGUCAUUUGGAGAUAGUCGAUCAUUUGAAGAUAGUCGAAUGGCUUUUAGACAACGGUGCUGACAUUGAUGCCAAGAACAAUGAUGGAACGACACCAUUGUACAACGCAUGCGACGAGGGUCGAUUGGAGGUAGUCCAGUUGUUAUUCGAUAAGGGUGCCAACUUGAAUGCCACAAAAGCUGAUGGAGUGACAGCAUUGCAUAUUGCAUGCCGUGAAGGUCAUUUACAGCUGGUCAAAUGGCUUGUCGAGAAAGGUGCUGACAUUACUGCCCAAGACAGAUAUUUUGAGAAAACACCAUUACACUAUGCAUGCGAUCAAGGUUAUUUAGAGAUAGUCAAGUUCCUUCUCGACAAUGGUGCUGACAUUGGCUACGGCUACUAUCCAUUGGACCAGGCGUGUAUGAAGAAGAGUCUUAGAGAUAGUCAAGUUGCUAGCCAACUUUCUAGUCGAAAAGGGUGCUGA